CUGUUGCCAUUUGAUCAGACUAAGACCCAUUUCGCUAAAGCUGCUUUUUAUGAUGAAUUCGCCCCCUCUGGCGAAGCGACAAUAUCUUGCCAAGGUGGCAUUGUCCUGCCAACAUGGAAUGACACCAAAGAUAAGCCUGAUCUUGAUCUAUGAAGUGUCCUGGAGCAUAAAAGGCAGAAGAAAGAGGCAGGAAAGGCUAUUCAAGUGCAUCCAAAGUGCACUCAAACUGUUCUUCCCAAUGGGAGGAUCAAGUAUACUUUAUGAAGGCCUCUACAACAAAGUGGAAUGCCUCGCUCUUGAGGUUGGCAAUGAGAUACUUGCUAAGCAUCUAGAUUUUUCUAACGAAGCUGAUCAUCUAGUACUGCCAGAUAAGCUGCCAACCCUCCUUGAUGCUCAACCAACACUCACUUCUCUAGAGUCCCUCGAAGUUGUUAAUCUUGGAGAUGAACCAACAAACCCCAGGCAUGUACAUAUUAGCACCACUUUUUCUGCGGAUGAAAGAGCUAAAAUGGUUAAUUUGCUCCAAGAAUAUAAGGAUGUUUUCGCCUGGAACUAUGAUGAAAUGUCGGGGCUUGAUCCAACCUUGGUGGCAUAUUCUUUGAAUGUUGAUCCUUGUAUAAAGCCAGUUGUGAAGCCAAAUCGCGCCUUCCAUCUAGAGAUUAGGUGUUGCGUUAACUUUCAUGACCUUAACAAGGCAUGCCCCAAAGAUGAAUUCUUUGUCCCAAACAUGGACGUGUUGAUGGACAACACUACUGGUUGCGAGAUGUACUCUCUAUGGAUGGCAGCAGUUGGAAAUGAGGAAGAAUGGACAUUAUAUUUCAAUGGUUCUUCUACAACUGAAGAGGCUGGGGCUGGCGUUGUUCUAAAAAAUGACAAAGGCCAUGAUAUCGUAUUUUCAUUCAAGCUUGAUUUUCAGUGGAUGAACAACACUGCAAAGUACAAAGCUUAUCUUAUUGGGCUUGCUAUGGCUAAAGAGGCUGGUGUGCAGCAUUUGAAAAUCAUUGGUGAUUUAGCCACUGAAUAUUUCACCAAAUGGGUGGAGGCCAUCCUUCUUCGCAAGGCUAUAGGUCUAGUGGUGUAUAACUUCAUCAAGUUGCGCAUAAUCUGCUGUUUCAGGAUCCCAUAUAAAAUUGUAAGUGACAAUGGAACUUCUUUUGUUAAUCAACGUGUGCGAAGAUUGCUGGACACUUAUAAGAUCAAGCAUUGGAAGUCCACUCAAUAUUACCCCCAAGGCAAUGGUCAAGCAGAGGCAACUAACAAAAGUUUGCUAAGAAUUCCGAGCAAAAUGGUCUAUGAGUGCGAAGGAGGGUGGAGCAUUCAUUUGCAAGAUACUCUUUUCGCGCAUCGAAUGUCAUCUAAGAUUGCUAUAGGUUUUUCACCUUAUUUUUUGAUAUAUGGUUGCGAUGUAGUCCUUCCUAAUGAAGUCUUAGUGCCAACUGCACACAUUUUGGCUGCAUCCGAGCUGGAUAACGAUGUUGACAUUUAUGGCUAAAGGUGAAUUAAAGACUUGGAGUCUGU